GUUUAUUUUCUUCUGGCAAAAUUUUAUCUAAAUGUGCAAAACAUCAAAUUUGCAGAGUGCAGUUAGUAGCAGUAGUAUAUAGAUUAUACAUACAACUCCAAGACCAGAAACAAUGGACACCAUUUUUUCAGUCAUGUUCAUUGCCUUUCAGGUGUCCCUCUCUUUCUUCAAACCCUCACUUGCAGCUGAAGCUACUCGAUCCCAAACCCUGAGAGAUGGCAGAUUUCAAUUGGGUUUUUUCAAGUCUGGUAUUUACAGGAGUCUAUUGGCUUCAGCUUCAAGAGAUAUCUGUGACAAUUACAGCCGUUGCGGCCCCAACGGAAUGUGUGACAUUAACAAUUCACAAGUUUGCAGCUGCUUAAAAGGGUUCCAACCAAAAGACCCUCAGAAUUGGAACUAUGGAGAUAAUUCGGCAGGUUGCGUGCGUGUUAAGCCGCUGAUGUGCCAAACCAGAGAUGUGUUUUUUAAAUAUGGGGGUGUGAAGUUGCCGGAUGCCACAAAUUCUCGGGUGGAACAAAGUAGGAGUGUUGAGGAAUGCAAGGCAAGUUGCUUGAAUAACUGUUCUUGUAUUGCUUAUGCAAGCGCUAGUGUCAAAGGAGGAGGCAGUGACUGCACUGUUUGGUUUGGUGAUCUGAUCAGCCUUAGGCAGCUUCCUGACAGCGGGCAGGAUCUGUAUGUCCGAAUGCUUGCUUCCGAAUUAAAAAAUUCAUCUAAGACGAAGAUAAUAGCGAUAGCUGUAUCCGCUGUUUCCUUUGUUUUGGGAAUUUUCUUAGCCGUCUACUACACUUGCAGAAGGAGGCAAAAGUUCAGAGAGAAACUGGGGAGAGAUGGAAUGAUGGGUCAGAACACUGCAGGACAGAACGAAGACCUGGAGCUACCAUUGUUUAGCUUGUCCACAUUAAUCACAGCGACUGAUAACUUCUCGUUCAACACGAAGCUUGGAGAAGGUGGUUUUGGAUCUGUGUACAAGGGUAGACUAGAAGAUGGCCAAGAAAUGGCGGUGAAGAGACUCUCACAAAGUUCUGGUCAAGGACAGGCCGAGUUCAAAAAUGAAGUUACACUGAUAGCCAAACUUCAGCACCGGAAUCUUGUAAAGCUUAUUGGUUGUUGCAUUGAGGGAGAAGAGAAAUUGCUGAUUUAUGAAUACAUGCCAAACAAAAGCCUGGACUUCUACAUUUUUGAUCAAACUCAAGGUAGAAAGUUGGAUUGGUCUCGACGCUUCCACAUUAUCCGUGGGAUCGCUAGGGGACUUCUCUAUCUGCAUCAAGAUUCCAGACUGAGGAUUAUUCAUAGAGAUCUUAAAGCCAGUAAUGUGCUGCUUGACAAAGAUAUGAACCCGAAAAUCUCAGACUUUGGCAUGGCUAGACUUUUUGGAGGAGAUCAAACUGAAGCAGUUACAAAACGAGUUGUUGGAACCUACGGCUAUAUGGCACCAGAAUAUGCGAUUGAUGGUCAUUUCUCUAUAAAAUCCGAUGUUUUCAGCUUCGGUAUUUUACUGCUGGAGACACUAAGUGGAAAGAGAAGUAGAGGGUUUUAUGAUCCAAAUCACAAUCACAACCUAAUUGGACAUGCGUGGCGAUUGUGGAAAGAAGGGCGGUCUUUAGAGCUGAUUGAUGAAUACUUAACAGACUCGUGCAGUCUAUCAGAAGUCUUGCGUUGCAUACAUGUUAGUCUUCUAUGUGUGCAACAGCUUCCCGAAGACAGGCCGACCAUGUCAUCUGUGGUUCUGAUGUUAGGUGGUGAGAGUGCAUUGCCUCAACCCAAAAAGCCAGGUCUCUUUAUAGGAAAAUAUUCAUCAUCUGAAGCAGAAUCUUCGAGUAAGAACCAAACAUUUUCCCUUUCCGGUGCGAAAAAAGAAACAUCUUCAACGAUUGAAUCCUCCAUGACCGUGUUGGAGCCUCGAUAAGAUUCACUAAGUAUCACAUAACUCGCUUUUGCAUUCUGAAAAAUGCAGAACUGGGAGACGAGAACUCAGACAACUAUUUCUAUUUGUGGCAGAGCUUUGGCUAUCCUUCAGAUACCUAUUUACUAAAGGAACUGAGCGAAGCUUGGCAGCUGGGACUUAAAAGAUUGGUCAUGAGUUUUUAUCAAUUACCUGUUUAGGUUUCAGACACCUGAUCCAACGGAUUACUACUAGUUAGUCCAACACUGAUAUCGUCCUCAAAUUAAUUAUAUGCAUGGCCCAAUAGUCAUGAGAUUUUAUAUAAAAGGCCACAACAAAUUAGUAGUGACAUAAUUUUACCAUAAUAAAUUGACCAAAUCUAAUUAAAUGG